AUGUCAGUUUCCUUAUUACAACCUUAUUUUUUUAUCUCAAAGACAAAAAGCUAUGCGCAAAUUUUCAUUGGAUCUCGAUUGUUCUUAACAGCGAUGGCUAUUCAUUUAAGUCUUCGGGUAGCACCACCAGAUCUUCAACAAGGUGGAAAUUCUCAUAUUUCAUAUGUACAUGUUCCUGCGGCUCGGAUGAGUAUAGUUAUUUAUGUCGCGACAGCUAUAAACAGUUUCUUGUUCCCAUUAACAAAACAUCCCCUUUUUCUCCGCUCUUCCGGAGCCGGUACAGAAAUUGGUGUUUUUUCUACUUUGUUUAUGUUAGUGACUGGGGGGUUUCGGGGAAGGCCUAUGAGCCGGGUGUGGGAUGCUCGUUUAACUUAUGUACUCAUCUUGUUCCUUAUUUACCUGGGUGCACUGCGUUUUCAAAAGCUUCUUGUCGAGCCGGCUCCUAUUUCAAUCCGUGCUGGACCGAUCGAUAUACCAAUAAUAAAGUCUCUAGUCAACUGGUGGAAUACAUCGCAUCAACCUGCGAGCAUUAGCCGAUCUGGUACAUCAAUACAUGUUCCUACGCCCAUUCCAAUCUUGUCUAACUUUCCUAACUUCCCCUUCUCUACCCGUAUCUUGUUCGUUUUGGAAACACGUCUUCCUAUUCCAUCUUUUCCCGAAUCUCCCUUAACGGAAGAAAAAGAAGCUCGAGAAGGAAUACCACUAAAAACCUAGUUCGCUCUCAAAUAAAAACCUAGUUCACUCACUAAA